AUGGAGAAAGAAGGUGAUGAUGCAUUAGAGGAUCCUCUCGCUAAUUAUUGGGGACUUUCUCUCUUUCCUUCGCCAUCUCUCCCACCUUCCCAACCCUACAACUCAGACUUAGAUCUUCACACCAUCCACACUCACCUCAAAUCCAUGGCCUUGCGAAGUCCGGCGAAACUGGUGGAGCAGGUCAAGCUCAUUGUGGAUAAUAACCCUAAUCUGUUCAGCUCUGAAGUUUCGCACAACUCAAUUUCUCAGACAACAAAUGAUGCAGAAGAGGAUGGAGAAUUCCGUCGACAACAGAGACCUGGGUUGGGGCUCAAACGUCCACGCUUCUCUAUAAAGCCAACUAAAAAGCCCUCUGUUGAGAGUUUGCUACCAACUUUGGACCUUGAUAGCUUGAAAGAUCCGGCGGAAUUUUUCUUGGCCCAUGAGCGGUUGGAAAAUGCAAAAAGAGAAAUACAGAAGCAGCUGGGUGGUGCCUCAUUUGAGUCUGAUCAGGAUAGCUUAUCCGCUAGACCACGACAACGUCGACCUGGGCUUUUGCGGAAUGAUCAGCUGCCAAUCAAAUACAAGCAUCGGUAUCCUAGAGAAACCUCUGAUAGUGUUCUAUUCUCCCAGGAUACACUUGGGUCUCAGACUCUUGAUCCCGUGGCUGAGAAAACUGACAUAGGGGGAGCCUAUGUGAUAUCAUCGAAAGAAGAAGUAAUGGAUUCAUGUGCUACUGAAGGGAACAAGCUGGAUGAAUUGUUGGAUGGUUUGCUUUCAUGCAAUUCUGAAGAUCUGGAAGGGGAUGGGGCAAUUUCUCUUUUGCAGGAAAGGUUACAGAUCAAACCCAUAGCUUUAGAUAAAUUUUCUGUUCCAAACUUCCCAGAUAACCAAGUGAUUGCCCUGAAAGCAUUACAAGGGAACAAGUCAAAGCCAAGGAAGGCCUUAUCCAACAUAGGUAAUUUGCCGAAAGGAAUGAAUGCGAAUACAAAGACACCUCUUAAAAGGUAUGCACAGAGCCCUGUGCAGCAAUUAGAUUCACCCACCCCUCCUAGAAGCCCAUUUGCUUCAAUGUUGUCACUGCAGAAGCACAUUUCACGGUCAAGGCAAUCAAUGGAUGCUUUUUCACUUAAUGAAAUUGGUCUGUCAAAUUCAGAGCACAAUCUUGUUUCUGGGAGGCAAAAUAAAGUGAGUGCACACAGGAUUGAUGAUGUUGUUGCAGUUGGUAAAACAAGUACAGUUUUUGACACAGACAGAAAUUGCGCCAAUACUUCUGAAACUCCUGAAACUCCGAAGGAAGACAAAAAUUCUAGGAAGUUAUCAAAUGAACUGAAUGCGUCCUCAGCUGAAGAUAUAAUAGCAGUUGGUGGGACAAGUGUGCUUAAGGACACUGUCAGAAAUGGUUCCGGUGCUUCUCAUAAGUCCAUGGAAGGUAACUCAAAGGAACUUAGAUUUGAUGUUAAUAUUGACUCAAGUGAACCUCACUUUGACAUGGAUGUAGAUGUUGGAGGCAGUGGUAUGGACAAAAGGGUUAUGGAUGGCACAGAAGACAGGUCAGAUAUUGAGCCUCGCAUGAUUGAAGAUGUUGUUGCUGUUGGAAAUUUGGACGCAGACAUAAAUUGCAGCAAUACUUCUGAAUAUAUAAAGGAAGACAAUUCUAGGAAGUCAUCAAAUGAACUGAAAGCGUCCUCAGCUGAAGAUAUAAUUUCAGUUGGUGGGACAAGUGCGGCUAAGGACACUGUCAGAAAUGGUACCAGCACUUCUCAUAAGUCCGUGGAGGGUAAUUCAAGGGAACCUAAGUUUGAUGUUAGUAUUGACUCAAGUCAAUCUCAUUUUGACAUGGAUGUAGAUGUUGGAGGCAAUGAUAUGGACGAAAGGGUUAUGGAUGACACUGAGGACAGGUUGGAUAUUGAGGCACGCAUGAUUGAAGAUGUUGCUGUUACUAAGACAAGUUCAGUUUUGGAAACAGACAUAAAUGUUGAAAGCAGUUGUAUGGGUGAAAGGGUUAUGGAUGACAUUGAGGACACGAUCAAUAUUGAGGCAAAUGAAGUCUGUCAAUCUGAGGACAAAGCAGAAAAUAAGCAGACAUUUACAGCUUCUAUCCGAACAGAUGAUACAAAUAUCAACAUUGUCAGUUCACCAGCUGGUCAAUCAAAUCCUGUUGAAUAUCAAGCUAAUGCUGUGGAUAAAUCUGCCCGAAGAUCAGAUGAUGAUCAAUCAAAUCCUGCUGAAUAUCAAGCCAAUGUUGUACAGUUACAGGAAAAGACAGACGGUUCUAUGAGGCCUGUUAAAAAACAAAAGAGAGUUAAAUCACGUGCACAAAAAAGUGCUUCGAAACGGCAGAGCCUCGCAGCUUCGGGUACAUCAUGGAAUUCUGGAUUACGGAGAAGCACCAGGAUCAGGACAAGGCCAUUGGAAUACUGGAAAGGGGAAAGACCGGUGUAUGGUCGAGUACACCAAAGUUUGGCUACAGUCAUUGGGGUGAAGUGUAUUUCUCCAGGAAGUGAUGGAAAACCGACUAUGAAGGUGAAAUCUUAUGUAUCGGAUCAACACAAAGAGCUUUUCGAGUUGGCAUCUCUACAUUGA